AUGGGGCGGCACCAACAGGCCAGGACCGCGCUUCUCAUGAUGGGGAACAGACCGGGAGCUGCGGCACCCCAAGGGCCACGGAGGAACCUUCCUCCGAGCCCGCCCCGUCUCUUCCGGCGGCACCGGGAGGAGGAGGAGCCGCUGCGGAUGGAGGUGACCGGAGCCAUGCGGCUGCUGACGCUGGUGAGAGCGGCGGAGGGGGGGCUCCGGCGGUACCGGGACCCGUUUCGCAUCCGUUCGGUGCGGCGGAGCUCGGGCUCUCCGCAAGCGGUGAUCGCCGCUAAGGAGCCGUUCGCGGUGGAGCUGAAGGCGGGCAGGACGUACGCGUGGUGCUCCUGCGGCCACAGCAAGCGCCAGCCUUUCUGCGACGGCGCCCACAAAACGGCAGCGCCGGGGCUGUCCCCGCUGCGCUUCACCCCGGAGGAGGAUGCGCGGGUCCGGCUCUGCGGCUGCAAACGCACCCGGACCCCCCCGUACUGCGACGGCACCCACAAAGGGGAGGAGGUGCAAGGGGCCUCGCUGCCCCCCCGACCCUGA